GUGGACAUUGAAUGCAAUGGCAAGUGUUUGACAGACAUUUGUAUUGAAGUGGUUUGAAAUGCAAGGCUUUACAGACUUGGAUGUAAUGAAAGUCAAUUGAAUGUCAAAAUUGCUUCAUUAAAGACAAACAUGUUUUCAAAUGCAGUCAAGAGUUUGUUUAAAAGACUUUAUUCACCCAAAUAUCUGGUGAUCACAAACUCGAUGACUGGUGUGGUGUCGGUGGUGAUCGGCGACACUAUUCAACAGUUCCUUGAAUACAAAUUUCAUAAGAAAUGGUCACAAAGUAGUGAACAAAAAGAGUUUCAAUUCAAUGGACGCAGAAAUUUGAAUAUGUCAUUCGCUGGCAUUUAUUUCGGCAUUUUUGGUCACUUUUGGUACGGAUUCCUGGACCGCAGAUUCCCCGGCUCUCAGAGGAGGGCAGUGCUCAAGAAGUUGGCCGCAGAGAUGGCAAUGGGUCCGCCACUCGUCUCCGGACUCUUUCUCAUAGUGUCUAAACUCAAAGCCAUGUCUUUCGAGAACUCUUGGAACGACUUAAAGACAAACUUUGUGCUCAUUUGUACCCAAUUUGUGCAUCAGGUCGAGUGGUUGGUCUAUAUUCCCCUCCAAUACCUCAACUUUCGUUACCUUCCGAAGCAAUUUCGGUACUUAUAUGUGGCGAUCAUAUCCCUGGCCUACGACGCCUUCCUCUCAUACGUUAUUCACAAGAACGACAGAUUGAGGCGAUUGAAGGAUGCAAAAGAGGAAGAGUUAUAA